CAUUAUCACGUAUUGUUUUUAUAAAAAAAUCCGCAUUUUACAACGUUUACCUGAAAUUCAGAGAAAUUUUAUUGAAAAAUAGAUAUACUUUUAAAUAAAAAUAUUUUCUUUAAGUAAAAAAACAAAUUUCCAAACCUUAACAAUAUGGAGCGUCCACAGAAAAUGCCCAAGGUGGCUAAGGUCAAAAACAAAGCUCCCGCUGAGGUGCAAAUUACCGCCGAACAGCUUUUGCGUGAAGCUAAAGAACGUGAUUUGGAAAUUCUACCACCUCCACCCAAACAAAAGAUCUCCGAUCCCGCUGAAUUAGCGGAUUAUCAACAACGUAAACGUAAAGUUUUUGAAGAUAAUUUGCGUAAAAAUCGCAUGGUAGUUAGUCAUUGGAUCAAAUAUGCUCAAUGGGAAGAAUCACAAAAGGAGAUACAACGUGCUCGUUCGAUUUGGGAACGAGCUCUGGACAAUGAUCAUCGUAAUGUUACUAUAUGGUUGAAAUAUGCCGAAAUGGAAAUGAAAAAUAAACAGGUUAAUCAUGCUCGUAAUCUGUGGGAUAGAGCCGUCACCAUAAUGCCUCGCGUUAAUCAAUUCUGGUAUAAGUAUACUUACAUGGAGGAAAUGUUGGAAAAUGUAGCUGGCGCUAGGCAGGUUUUUGAAAGAUGGAUGGAAUGGCAACCAGAAGAACAGGCCUGGCAAACAUAUGUUAACUUUGAACUACGCUACAAGGAAAUUGAUCGUGCUCGGGCUAUAUACGAACGUUUUGUUUAUGUACAUCCUGAUGUAAAGAACUGGAUAAAAUUUGCCCGCUUUGAAGAGUCCCAUGGUUUUAUACAUGGUUCUCGUAGGGUAUUCGAAAGAGCUGUUGAAUUCUUUGGCGAUGAUUAUAUAGACGAACGUUUAUUUAUAGCAUUUGCUCGUUUUGAAGAAGGUCAAAAGGAACAUGAUCGUGCUAGAGUCAUAUACAAAUAUGCCUUGGAUCACUUGCCCAAGGAUCGUACCCAAGAGCUGUACAAAGCCUAUACAAUACAUGAGAAGAAAUAUGGUGAUCGUGCAGGCAUUGAAGAUGUUAUAGUAUCUAAAAGAAAGUUUCAAUACGAACAGGAAGUGGCCAAUAAUCCUCAGAAUUAUGAUGCCUGGUUUGAUUAUUUAAGAUUAAUUGAGGGAGAAGGUGAUGCUGAUCUUAUACGAGAAACAUAUGAACGUGCCAUUUCAAAUGUACCACCAGCAAAUGAGAAAAACUACUGGCGUCGCUAUAUUUAUCUAUGGAUCAACUAUGCCCUCUAUGAAGAACUUGAAACUGAAGAUUUAGAACGCACACGCCAAAUAUACAAAACCUGCCUAGAGUUGAUACCACAUAAAAAGUUUACGUUUAGUAAAAUAUGGCUUAUGUAUGCACAAUUCGAAAUUAGAUGUAAAGAUUUACAAAAGGCACGUAAAACUUUAGGUAUGGCUAUUGGUAUGUGUCCCAGGGAUAAACUAUUCAGAGGCUAUAUAGAACUGGAAAUACAGUUGCGUGAGUUUGAUCGUUGUCGUUUGCUGUAUGAGAAAUUUUUAGAAUUCGGACCAGAAAAUUGUGUCACUUGGAUGAAAUUUGCUGAAUUGGAAAAUCUAUUGGGUGACACAGAACGCGCUAGAGCCAUCUAUGAAUUGGCAGUACAACAACCACGUCUAGAUAUGCCCGAAUUGCUGUGGAAGGCUUAUAUUGACUUUGAAGUAGCUCAAGGAGAAUCCGAAUUGGCACGCCAGCUCUACGAAAGACUAUUGGAGAGAACACAACAUGUUAAGGUUUGGAUGUCUUAUGCUAAAUUUGAAUUAACUUCACAAUUGGGAGAAGAAGAUGCAGACAUGAAUCUGCGAUUGGCCCGUAGAGUUUAUGAAAGAGCUAAUGAUACUUUACGUCAAUUGGGCGAUAAGGAAUCUAGAGUUUUACUUUUGGAAGCUUGGCGUGACUUUGAACGUGAGUCGGGUGAUCAGGAUAGUUUGGAAAAGGUUAUGGAGAAAAUGCCCAGACGUGUCAAGAAAAGACAAAAGAUUAUUUCCGAAACCGGUGUGGAAGAGGGCUGGGAAGAAGUUUUCGAUUACAUAUUCCCCGAGGAUGAAAUGGCUAGACCAAAUCUUAAACUUUUGGCGGCCGCCAAAAUGUGGAAAAAACUUAAAGAAACUGGUGCUAGCACUACAGAAACACCAACGAAUGUUGAAGCAUCUGGCGUGGAAUGUAAUAAAACUGGUUACGAAGCAGAAGCCAAAGAACCAGAAAAUAAUGCUAACAGCGAUACUACGGCCAAUACAGAAGUUUCUGAAAGUAGGGAGGAUAAGGACAAUGAGAAUGCGUCACCUAAGCAAAAUGCUGCGGAUAAUAAAGAUAAUUCUCCAAAUGCCGGCUAAUAGGCAGAAGGCUUUUGUUCAUUUAGUUUUAAGUAAGGUAAUUAAUAAAUAUAGUUUUAUUUACUUAA